CUCAAGAUCAAGAUGGUAGCUGCAGCAUUGACGAGAUCACGAUUCGUGGCAACCCUGCCGCGAAGCUACAUCCAAAACUUCACGCGUGCAUACACUGCCACUGCACCUAAGAAGGCAGCAAAGAAUCGUCUCUACAACUCUGUACGCUACGAAGAUGAAUUCGAAACCCUAAACCUGCUUUCGGCCAGCAGUCGCAUACCUCUAAUUACCCUCUGGUCUGCAUCAUGGUGUCCAUCCUGCAAAGUCAUCUCGCCACUGCUAAAAGAACUCAUCAAUGAAGGUGUUGGAGAAGCUCAAGGUGGUGUCUCUUAUGCCGAGAUUGAGCUCGACUCGCCAACACUAGGAGGCUUGGCUUUGAGAUAUCAGGUCAAUUCGCUACCCACAUUGCUGGCAUUUGACAGACAAGAGGCUCAAUUGGAGACAAAAGUCCACAAGGUGGAUGACAUGAAGAACAGGCAGUUCCUCAUCAACUGGAUCGAGACGGAAGCCAAACGUCAUGGCGAAGGCGGUGCUGGAGGAAGCAGUCUUUUCGGCUUGUUCGGACGUUAA